UUCACUCAGCUAAGUGUGUUGUGCAAGGGCAGGCAACAUAUCUGGAGCUGUAGACUCCUUCCUACACAACAGUGAAUGCAACCGCCCCGCCUGUUGCUGUCAUCUUGCAAUCCAGCUGGUUCGGUUGGUGAAACUCAGGAAUUUGUAGGUGUAAAAUAGGAAGGAAAGGAAGGAGGACGGAGAAGGAUGAAGCUGGACAACAAACCAUGAAGGUCCUGAGAUGGGGAACUCCUUGGAUACUCUGUUCCUUCGCUGAAGGCUUGCACACUCAAGAGACCGGCGGUCAAGACUUGGAGGAAACCUCAGCCUGGAUUGUGGCCCCACUGAAAGAGCAGAUGUGGUCUUGGGAACCCCUAAGAAUUCUCCCCCGUAGAAUGGGACGAAGCUGGGUUCCAAAGGCUUGACUGGGAAGGCCAGCUUCCCCUUUUCAAGCUUCGGUUGGUCUGCUGUAUUUUGGUGGAUUUGCGUUCCAGGAAGGAGCAUGUCGACGGAGAAAAUGGAGGUUUUUAAUAAACACCUUUCCUUGAGAGUCUGUUUCCUGGCCCUAUGGAUUAUUCUGGUCCAAGCAAGCAGGAUCAAUAUAGUGUCCAUCCCGGAGACCCCCGCCGAAGGCCAGAAUGUCACUUUCUCUGUGGAAAGAGUGCAGGGCGACAUUCGUGAAGUCAACUGGUUCCGAGGGAUGGCCUCUCAGGGAUCUUCUAGGAUCUUUAGCUUUUUCCCCGGAAAUUAUCGUCCUCAGCGCAACGGGGUGCAAUUUACCAACCGAGAAUUUGGUUUCCACAAUGGAUCUAUGCAGAUCACCGGGCUCAGGGCCAGUGAUGUCGGCCGGUACAAUGUUGUGAUUCUGUUGCGGCCCAAAGAAAUCCUCAACGCCUCCAUUGAUCUCCAGUUGACUACACCACCUCUGGCCACAGCGACAACAGCGACAACAACAACAAUGGUGACAACAGCAGCAACAGGGACCUCACCCAUUAAGGAGGUUCCCAAAGAGCCUUCGAAGUUGGGCUGGAUCGUGGCCGGGGUGCUGGUUGGCGUUUUGCUAUGCGGGGCACUCGGAGCCAUUAUGAUUUACCGGUUUGUUUUACGGAAAUCAGAACCCAGCACAGGGGUAACAGGAAAAUUGGAUCUAGGAGCAAGAAUGUCACCUCCAACUAAACAUGAUGACAAGGAACCCAUUUAUGAGGUGGUGGAUUCUCCAGUGGAAUCACCAAAGAAUCCGCUCCCGAUCUCUGGCCCUCUUCCGCCUCUUCCAGAGACUUGUCCCAAAUUGGACUCAAACUAUACGGAUUUACUCUACAGAGCUGAGUCCGUUUACUCUGAAAUCAAGAGAUGAUACUAUUGCUGAGAGAUUCCUGAUUCUUGGGUCAUCUUGGAUAAUGACCCAUCCAAAAACGUUGGGACGAAAACAAGAUACUGUAAUCCAAAUAUUUCUAUCUUUAUGGGAUCGAAGAGUUUUUCUCUGCCAGACUGCGAAUACAGAAAAUAACUUUAACUUAUCAUUAAAUCCGGCUUUUAUUGAACCCAAGACUGUCUCUUGAUGGAAUGGAGUCAAACAGAGUUGGGCAGUCAGUUGGCCAUCAUCUUUCACCCAAAAUGUGGGCUACGAUUUAGAAGAUCUAGAGGGAUGGAAGAAAGAAUGGACAGCUGUCAUUCUAUGGAGACUUGAUCAGGGGUUGGACUAGAAGAUCUCCAAGGUCCCUUCCAACUCUGUUAUUCUUUGAUUGUACAAUUCUUUUCAAAAUUCCGAGGAGCCCAGAUGUCUCUCUCUCUCUGUGUGUGUAUGCACAGAUGUCCAACUGAACUCAGCUUUGAGACCAGAUGGUCAGCCUAGAAGAUGGGCUGCUCGGAGACAGCCAGAAAGUAGUGAGGACCUCUUAAGACCUUUGAGGAUUUCAUCAACGUUGGUUUUCUAUCUCCAAGAGGAAGCGUAAUUAAUCCCAUCGUACAUCUGUAGACAUCACCCAUCUGAUGUUCUCCUUGUUUCUCUACACCAGGGGUGUCAAACUCCCAGAAUUCUCUGGCCAGGAUUGUUUCUCAACUUUGACCCUUUGAGAUGAGUGGACUUCAACUCCCAGAAUUCCCCAGCCAGGACUGUUUUUCAACCUUUGCCCUGUAAUAUAGAUGGAAUUCAACUCCCAGAAUUCCCCAGCCAGGAUUGUUUCUCAACCUUGGCCCUUUAAGAUGGGUAGACUUCAACUCCCAGAAUUCCCCAGCCAGGACUGUUUCUCCUGGCUGGCUGAGGAACUCUGGGAGUUGAAGUCCACAAGUCUUCAAAGAGCCAAGUUUGCAGAUCCCUGGUCUAGACUAUUAUGCCAUGCCGAGCGGAGAGCCAGUUUUCUGUUUCUUAACCUUGGCAGCCUGAAGAACUGUGGACUUCAACACACAAAGUUGGCGAGCUUGAAAAAUCCUUUUUUAAGGUCUAAUCCAGGGGUGUCCAACUCAAUUUGAUUGAGAGCCGCAUCAGGGCUGUGGUUGACCUCGGGUGGGGGGGGGACAGGCGUGGCUGAUUGGGUGGGCGUGGCCAGCUUGAUGCCAUUCACUGGGCGUGGCCGACUGGGUGGGCAUGGCCAGCUGGCCCGAUGUUUCCUCUCCGCAUUGGGUAGACGGGGCCGAAGCGACCUUACGUUUUCUAGGAUGGCACCGCGGGCUGGAUCCGACCACAUCUAGGGCCGGAUCUGCCCUGCGGGUCUUGAAUUUGACACCCCUGCUGCAGUGGUGGGUUUCAAAAUUUUUUACUACUGGUUCUGUGGGUGUGGCUUGGUAGGCAUGGCUUGGUAGAUGUGACAUGGGAAGGAUACUGUAAAAUCUCCAUUCCCUCCCCACGCCAGGGGAAGGAUAAUGUAAAAUCUGCAUUCCCACCCCACUCCAGGGGAAGGUUACUGCAAAAUCCCCAUUUCCUCCCAGUCAGCUGGGACUUGGGAGGCAGAGAAUAGAUGGGGGUGGGGCCAGUCACCAGAGGGGGUAGGGCCUCUGGUGGCUCAACAGACUAAGCAGUGUGUUAUUAACACAGCUGAUUGCAAUUACUGCAGGUUCAAGACCCACCAGGCCCAAGGUUGACUCAGCCUUCCAUCCUUUUAUAAGGUAGGUAAAAUGAGGACCCAGAUUGUUGGGGGCAAUAAAAGUUGACUUUGUAUAUAAUACACAAAUGGAUGAAGACUAUUGCUUAACACAAUGUAAGCCUCCCUGAGUCUUCGGAGAAGGGCGGGAUAUAAAAUCAAAAAAAAAAAAAAAGUCAGAAUUUUUACUACCGGUUCUGCAAAAUUACUCAAAAUUUCCACUACCGGUUCUCCAGAACUGGUCAGAACCUGCUGAAACCCCACCUCUUGCCCUGCUCUACACCUUCUUGCGAAUGAAAAUAAACCCGUCAAAACUGGUUUAUUUUCAUUCUAUAGGGUUUUUUUGUGGGGGUGGGGGUGUUGAAAGAAAGGCUGGCCCUUUUGUAAGGAUGGGGCAGCUAUCUUGACCGCCUGUAGCAUUACUUCUAAAGAAGAUUAAAGGAUAAGGGACGUUGUGUUCGGGCUAGGAAAUUUCCAAGCUGGGUCAAACGGUAAAGACGUGGUUAAAAGGGUCACAACAAGUCAUGUUUGAGAUCUGGGUGAAAAGAUGAGAUUCUCACCUUUCAAUGGAGAGAAUGCCUCACCGUGGAAAGGAAAGCAAAGGUUGUACAGCCUCCAAGUUCAAGGAUCACAGACAGUCCUUGACUUACAACCAAAAUGGGGACUAAAGUUUUUGUUGCUGAGCCAGCUGGUUGUUCAGUGAGCCAUGACCAAUUUUAUCACCUUUCUUGGCACAAUUGUUAAGCAAAUCUCUGCAAUUAUGAGAGGCAUCGGGAGGGUUGUUGUUGUGUCUCGUCCGAUCUCACCACAGCCGGGGCCUUCUUAUCUGCUUCCGAACACGGAGGAAUGUCCUAGUAUGCCUCCCGGCCCCAGCCCUGGCUCCAUGCCCAGACAGGCUGAAGAGGAGGAAGUAUCUCCAGCCCCCAGCUCUGGCUCCACGCCCAGGCAAACGGAGCAACUAGACCCCUCCCCCUCCUCCACAGCAUGUGAGCCUGAGGGAGGUCAAUUGCCAACAGCUGCAGACUGGAGUGACCCUCGCGUCAGAAGACUUGAUAGGCGGAGGCGACAGAAGGAAGGGAGGGGCAGGCCUGGAUAAGUGCUGAGUCAUGGAGCUACACCCCAUGGCCUAUAUAAAGGACCUGCUUUCUGGCAUUCUCUGACUCAGGCAAAGUCUAAACAUAUCUUGCUGAAGUCACUUUCUGGUCUCCUGCCUGCCCUGAGGACUUUGCUAGGACUUUGGCAGAGCUGCAGAGGCACGCCUGAUUCAGAUUUCCCUGACCCGGCCGUCAGCGGAGGAGUGGGACACGACAGUUGUUUAAGCAAAUCUGGUUUCUCCCAUUGACUUUGUUCGGCAAAGUCGAAUAUUAACGAAUUAGUAAUAUUCAACGAAUAUAGUCGUAUAUUAAAAAUAUUCAUGUCUUA